AUGUUGGAGAUUCUACAGACCAUUCAGACCAUUCGUAUUGGUGGAGUCGUUGCAACUUUUCUUUUCAACAAUGGACGUAUUAUAAAAGCAGUGGACAUCUUAAACGAAUGUUUGGUGCUCCUUAACGGUAAAGCCCUAGAGACAGUCAAAGAACUUACCACACCACUUGUUAUCUCUGUAUACCAUAAACUUUUUCAUGGCUAUACUCUCAUCUACGAUCAUACCCGUGCGGUAGAAUGUGGUAAAAAGCUUCACGUGAUACUACACAAUAGUGGCCAAAAAGAAGAAGAGGGGAUGGUAUUACAUGGAAUAGCGAACAUCUACUAUCAAAUAAGCAAAUACAAGGAAGCAAAACAGUUUUACGAGAAGGCACUCGGCAUCACGAUUCAGGUUGGAAACAAUCGCGGAGUUGGAAUAUGUUACCGAAGUCUAGGAAGUGUGUUUCAGUCUAUUGGUCAAUAUACCAAAGCUGAAGAAUACCUUCAAAAAGCACUAGUGAUCAUGAUAGAAAUUGGUGACAAAGAAGGAGAAGCUGCAACUUACGGAAGUCUAGGAAGUGUGUUUAAGUCUGUUGGUCAAUAUACCAAGGCUGAAGGAUACAUUCAAAAAGCACUAGUGAUAAGGAAAGAAAUCGGUGACAAAAAAGGAGAAGCAACAGCUUACGGAAAUCUAGGAACUGUCUUUAGAUCUGUUGGUCGAUAUACCAAGGCUGAAGAAUACCUUCAAAAAGCACUAGUGAUCAGGAAAGAAAUCGGUAACAAAGAAGGAGAAGCUGCAGAUUACGGAAAUCUAGGAACUGUCUUUAGAUCUGUUGGUCAAUAUACCAAGGCUGAAGAAUACCUUCAAAAAGCACUAGUGAUCAGGAAAGAAAUCGGUGACAAAAGGGGAGAAGCUACAGCUUACGGAAAUCUAGGAAGUGUGUUUAGUUCUGUUGGUCAAUAUACCAAGGCUGAAGAAUACCUUCAAACAGCACUAGUGAUCAACAAAGAAAUCGGUGACCAAAACGGCGUAGCAUCAGCUUACGGAAAUCUAGGAAGUGUGUUUCAUUCUGUUGGUCAACAUACCAAGGCUGAAGAAUGCCUUCAAAAGGCACUAGCGAUCUGUAAAGAAAUCGGUGACAAAGCUGGUGUUGGAGCUUUAUACUUACAGCUGGGGAAACUUUGUUCAGAGCUUCAGCUUAAUGCGAAGAGUCAGGAAUUUGCUAAUAAAGCACUGGAGAUAAGUUACGAAAUAGGGGACAUUGAACUGCAGUUUGACAGCCACCUUACCAUUGCUUUAAACGCGUUAGUGGCAGGAGGAAUCACAACUGAGGUUCGGCGAAAUCUUUAUGAGAGCAUUCAGAAGUGCGAAGAAAUGCAUGAUUUUUUAAAAGUGAAAGAUCAAUUCAAAAUUUCAUUUUUUGAUAAGCAUGUGUCCCCUUACCUUCAUCUUUGUGGGUUGUUGAUUGCUAAAGGCAGUUAUUAUGAAGCUCUGUACGUUGCCGAGCUUGGACGGUCCAGGGCACUGACAGACGUACUAUCGGAAACGUACUCUGUGGAUAAAGGGGUAUCAGUCAACCCACAGUCAUGGAUUGGUAUUGAGAACAUCAUGAACAAAAAUUCACUUAGUUCUUGUCUUUUUGUUUUCUGCUUCGAUGAUGAUAUGUGUUUUUGGAUCCUCAAGCCAAACAAAAUAAUAAAUUUUCGACAAAAGACACUUCAAGAAAGUACAGAGAAAUUGUUUGGAAAUCGGAAAUUUGGUGGCUCUCCUGAUUUACGUCAAGACCAAUGCGAAGAUCGAUCAUUGUUUUCAUGUGUAAGUUCCCCACCAUCAUGCAAACCAUCUCAGAGUGACAGCUUCGAAUUUUUGCGUCUUGUAGAAGAAGAGGAAGACGAAAAUCACGACUCUAAACCUUUAACCCUUGCUGAUGGUUACAACAUGAUAGUCGCUCCUGUAGCUGACUUACUCCAACAAUCAGAAAUCAUUAUUGUACCGGAUAACUUGUUGUAUCCAAUUCCUUUUGCUGCUUUAAUGGAUGAUAAUGGAAAGUAUUUAUCGGAUACUUUCAGGAUUCGUAUUGUCCCUUCCUUGACGACUCUUAAGUUGAUUCAGCUCAGUCCAGUAGACUACCAUAGUAAAACCGGUGCACUGAUCGUAGGAGAGUCAGAGGUUAGUGAUGUAUACUACCAAGGAAAACUUCUACAGUUAAACUCAUUGCCUUGGGCCAGAAAGGAAGCAGAGAUGAUUGGGCGACUGCUCGGUGUUCAACCGUUGCUUGGAAGGGAUGCAACUAAGCAGGCAGUCCUGAAAAGCAUGCAUUCAGUAAGUCUCAUUCACUUCGCUGCUCAUGGUUAUGCUGAACGUGGAGAAAUAGCUCUUUCCCCUAUAAGCUCCUGCGGAACUCCAAACGAAGAAGACUACUUAUUGACGAUGGCUGAAAUUUCACAAGUUCGACUAACAGCCAAACUGGUUGUCCUUAGCUGCUGUCAUAGUGCAAGUGGUCAGAUAAAGGCUGAGGGAGUUGUUGGAAUCGCUCGAGCAUUUCUAGCAUCGGGUGCACGCGCCGUGUUGGCGGCACUGUGGGCUGUAGAGGACGAAGCUACCAUGUGGUUUAUGAAUCGUUUUUACGAGCACCUUGUUCAUGGUGAAAGUGCAAGUGAAUCUCUUCACCAGGCCAUGAAGUCGAUGAGAGAGAAUCACUUUUCUGACGUCAUGCAGUGGGCACCCUUUAUGCUGAUUGGAGAUGACGUAGCAUUCAAAGGUUUGUAUUUGAUAUCAAUUUUAGGUUUUUUUAGCUAUUUUCAUUCAAAAUAUGUGAAAUUAAUGUUAGUGACAACGCAUAAUAUUUUGAAAAACAUUGUUGAGGGAGUUAUACUGAGUUUUGUUGGUUUCUUUAUUUAUUGUCUUUUCCAACCCUGUUCAUGGAAGUGAGGCAACUGGAGAGAAGGUCGAAUUUUAUUUUUCGAUUUUCAUGGAAUAUUUAGUAAGGCAUGCUCCGAUCUCAUUCUAAAAUAACUAAAAUGAAAAUGUAGAAAACGAUAGUUGACAUUCCAAAAAAACUUGAGUAAUUGAGAAGAGAAAUAAGUGUCAAACGUACUUUUUCUUUGGGGUGUACCUGAUGAAAGACAAAAACGUAGAAAGAGCGAACAGGAAAAUAAACGCCACCGCCUUCCUUUUCUCAGGCUAAGUCACGUGCUCAUAUUUUUGCACGCCUUUCACCGCGUCAUCCCUACUAUCUAGGAGCCUGGAACAGGCUAUAAAAACGCUGCAUGUAUUUUUUAGUCUUAAAAACAGAUUCAUCUUCAGGGAACCACAGACAGCUCAGAGGGUAUCAGUACUAAUUACCGGAGGGCCAGAGUUUAAAAGCAGACGGAAAGAUUCCUUGGGCACUUAAUCUAGCCCAAGCAGCUGCAGGAGCAUUUAAUUUUCCAACUUCUCUUUUAUGCAGAUAUUUUUUUGGCAAAUAUGCUAAAGGCAACUCCCUUGUCGUUUUCGUGUGUUCUUAAAAGGAGGGUUUUUGUCAUCAAUAGUCUCGUUUAUGAUGCUUGUUUCGAGGAGAAGUCGCAAGAUUUAAUAUUCCCACAAGAAAGUAUUUCAUUCGAUUCAAAUGGGUUUUACAACACGUUUCGCUUUACUUCUCUUUGUGGUCGCGAUUUUGUACCAAAGGAGAUGGCUGAUAUUUUGGGCAACCAUUGGCUGGGCUGUUCGGGCUGCAAGGUAAAGCAUGGUUGGCUUGAUAUCAAUCUCCUGCUUCAAGAUAUAAUCUAAUCAGUAUACAAACAGCAAACGAAGGAAAUUAAAAGAACGUAAAAUAUUCUCAUUGCAUACAUAAUUAGCCCGUGACGCGGGAAUUAAGUAUCUCCUUUAAAUUCCGUCGUGUUUGGCCUUCGCGCUGAUGGCAUGAUACAUUGCAGCCCUUGGUUAAAAUUGCUUUUUUGCCCGCUUCUUGGAUAGUUCAACGGGGUUCGGUGACUAAGAAGUUUCGCCCCUCUCACUUCCCCUGGUGGUAGUUGACAUCGCAUACCUCAUUAUUCGGCAUACAUAUUGUCCUGGCAGUCGCGGUUGAAAGUGAUACAAUACGACUUUAAUGAAUUUUUAGCAUGUAAAUAAUUUCCUCAAAGUGUAAAGGUUUUGCUAUUUGUUUUUCGUUAAAAAAAUCUGUGCUAGAGAUAUUUAGGUAAAACAUUUAGCACAACGAGCAACAGAAGCAUGUUGAGCCAUGGCUAAAAUAAAUCGUACAAAGAAAGGGAACCGUGAUGAUUAGGUUUUCUAUUUGCAGGUGCAUUUGAGAAGAGCAGUUCGAAAGAUGGCGAAGGUGCAACGGAAACAAAGAACUUGUAA